AUGGUUGCGGUCGGGGAGUUGCUAGCCUCUGUCGCGCUGAAGACGGUUUUGGGCAAGCUGUCUAACCUCGCCUUCAACGCCACCUGGAACGACAUUGCUUUGCAGCUGAAUUUCAUUAAAGAUUUGAAGAGCAUCAAGGACAACCUGUCCUUUAUCCAAUCUUUCCUUGAGGAUGCGGAGAGGCAGUCGUCAAGGCUGGAGAGCGUCUGUCACACGCUUAAGAAGCUCAAGGCUGUGGCUUAUGACUUGGAGGAUAUGCUGCUACUCUUCGAGUCCUGGACCACCGCCCACAAGGGUGAAGGCCUUGCGCUUAGCGCCAAGGCUACAAAGGGGUUAGUUUUAUGCUUUGAAAGGUUGAAGAUGCCUUAUAAAAUGAAAAGAAUGAGGGAAACCAUAGAGGAGAUAGUAGACCUUCAGAAUAAAUUCAACUUCAUAGAACACACUAGCAACAAUGAUGAAGAAGUAAUCAGGAAACAGGAGACAUUCUCAGAUGCUGAUGAAGUCCCUGUUGGGAGGAUGGAAGAAAAAGAAAGAUUAAUCAGUAUGCUGCAAACAGAUGACUCAAACUUCCUCAUUGUUUUUAUCUCUGGCUUCGCAGGAGUUGGUAAAACUACUCUUGCCCAGAUGGUCUUCAAUGAUGAUAGAACGAGGCAAUUCUUUGAAAUCCAAGCAUGGGUCUAUGUCUCUGUAAAAUUUGAUAUCAUGACCAUCGGUCAAUCUAUCAUAUCCCAACUAGAUAAAUCAAGCAGCCCUGCUGGUAUCACCUUACAAGCUACACGCGACCGCUUGAAAACUAUUCUAGAAGGGCAACAGUUUCUUAUUGUUCUCGAUGACAUAUGGGAAGAAGAUCCACAUGAGUUGGAAAAACUAAGGACAUUGCUGCGGGGUGCUAAAGCAGGCAGCAAGAUCAUUGCAACCACACGCAGUGUAAAAGUUGCUAAGCUAAUGAAUGGGAGUUUGACAAUAGAAUUAGGUGCUUUACCGGACAAUUACUGCUGGGAGUUGUUCCGAGCAAAGGCAUUUCCAUAUGGAAAGGUGGAUGUUGAUAAGGAAAGUACAGGAAGACAGAUAGUCAAGAAAUGCAGAGGAAUGCCACUAGCAGCAAUUUCUCUCGGAUACCUUUGCCGGACAACUAAUGAAUGGAAAGCUAUACUGGAUAGUGAUAUCUGGGCAGAAAAUGGAGAUGAUGGACGGUUACUCAAAGAUACGAAAGUGCUACCAUCACUGAAGCUUAGUUAUGAAUACAUGUCUUAUCAUCUCAAGCUCUGUUUUGCAUAUUGCGCUGUUUUUCCCAAAGGCUGGUAUGUAGAGAAGAGUAGCUUGAUUCAGCAGUGGAUUUCUCUUGGAUUUGUUCAGCUCCAUGGCGAAUCAUUCACUGCACAACAAGCUGGAGAAAGAUACUUUGAGGAUCUUCGUGAGAUGUCUUUUCUUCAGGAUGUAGCUGGAAUGUCCCCAACUCCGUUUGCAAGAUAUAGCAAACCUCGAGGUGUAUUAUUCCAGAUGCAUGAUUUGGUUCAUGAGCUUGCAAGAUUAGUUGCGGGUGACGAAGUUAUUGCCUAUGACACUAGGCAGCAAAAUCCUCCUACAAAUAUAGACAACUGUCGAUACAUGUUGCUCUCAAACUUAUGUGACUCAUCCCCAUCUUAUUGGUCUAUUCCUAGCACAGCAAGAGCUCUUCAUUUUAAGGAGUGCAGCAUUGUUCAGACUACUUUAAAGUCUCUGAUGGGAGCUGAAUUCUUACGCGUGCUUGAUUUGAGUGCAUGUACUAUUUCCGAGCUACCUGCUUCUUUCGGCAAUUUGAGACUCUUGAAGUUCUUGAAUAUAUCUGGAAUGCAAACUGGUCUGCUGCCUAAGUCCUUGAGCUCAUUGCAUGGUUUACAAGCAUUGAACCUUUCUGAAAAUACCUGCCUUGUUGAACUUCCCAGUUACAUUUCUGAAUUUGUCAACCUACAAUAUUUGGACCUACAUGGCUGCUCAAAUCUUAAAGAGCUUCCACAGGACAUUCAUAAACUUGAAGAGCUACUACACCUGAACGUAUCAAGAUGUGGUAGCCUACAAUCACUGCCUGAAGAGUUUGGGGAGCUCCGGAAACUUGCAUUCCUCGACCUUUCAUAUUGUUCUCAGCUUCAAACGCUGCCUUCAAACUUUGGUGGCCUUCAGAAUCUUUCGUUUCUCAAUCUAUUGCACUGUUACAAACUUUGUGAGCUGCCUGAUUAUUUCAUUUACCUUGCAAAUAUGAUACAUCUAAAUAUGUCCUUCUGCCACAAGUUGAAACUACUGCCUAGUGGGUUAUUUAAGUACAUGAAGAAGCUUUUGGUUUUGAAUUUGUCUGGUUGUACCUCUCUUGAAGUUCUUCCUGAAUUGUGCUGGAAUGAUGCUGGCUGCCUGAUGUUGGAGAUUUUGGACUUAUCAGAUUGUACUAAUCUGGCUGCCCUUCCGAAUUCCUGUACCAGUCUUUGUGAGCUCCGGUGUUUAAAUCUAUCAGGUUGUUCUCGAAUUCAGAACUUCCUAAAUUUGAUACCGCACUGGAAAUUUGGUAAGUUGGAGUACCUAAAUCUCUCCGGGGUCGGUGCAAAAGCUUAUUCUGAAGAUCCAGGAACCUCUGCAGGAAAUUUAGAGAGUUCAGAAGACCCUAAUAGAGAGCUAGAGUUAGGUAUGCUGCAAGAGGAUAUCGUCACCCAACGUUUGGUUUGUCUUAAAUACCUGUCAGUUGGAGGGUUCACGCUCUUCUCAGAACAAGGCAUUGCAAGCUUGGUAGACCUUCUAACCUUGCCCAACUUUGAUGUACGGACACAGCCCGGUGACAACCACAGCAAUAUUAUGCUUCUCCAGCAGAUCCUGGAUCUCACUCAACAUGAGCUAAACAUCAAAUGCCUUGAGAAUGUGGUGUCUCCACAGGAAGCAAAGCAAGUGGAAUUGGGCAGGAAUCCACAGCUUCAUUUCUUGAGUUUUGAAUGGUCUUCGUUUUUGUCUUCUUUGCCACCUGAUGGGGUUUUUUCUGAAGAGGAAAAGGCUACGGCAGUGUUGGAACAUUUCAGGCCGCAUUACAAUUUGCAAUGCCUCUCUUUAAAAGGCUACAGGGGUACCCAAUUUCCUAAUUGGGUUGAUAAGAUAAAUGAUACGCUACCGAAUCUUGUGAAAAUUGUAUUAUCUGAUCUCAAGGGAUGUGACUAUAUUCCUGCAUUGGGACAUUUACCAAAUCUACAAGAACUGGAAAUCAAUAAUAUGCCCCUGCUUCAUGUACAAAUUGUACCGUGCAAGAAGCUAAGACGAUUGACAUUGGUUCAACUGCAAUACAAUACCACCGUAUCUAUAUUUUCUGAUGACAGCAUACGAACAAAAGUAAAUGAGGUGGGAGUAAUUAAUGACCAUGAUGAGGAAGAGAGCAAAAUGGGAGAAGAGCCUGACAAGUUACCUGGUUCUCUUCCUAUAAAUAAGCAAGUGAAAAAAAUGGCUGUGGCAGCAGGACUUGUAGCAAAGGGUUGGUUGAAAGCCGCAGCCUGUGGCAUGUCGAGAGAAACAAAGAGAGCGCAGGACAUCGGUGCCGAAAAUGGUCCACCUGCAGUUACCAGUAGGCCGCCACUGGCUCCAGGUCCAUCGAAUGAAAGAACAGAACAGGCAGUCCCUAUGCUUGAUUAUUUCAAGAUAGAAAGCUGCAAGAAAAUAAAAUUGUAUCCAUACAUCCCAAUGAGUAAAGAGUACGUCAUCAGGGAAUGCAGUCUUAACAUGGAUCAUAUCAAGGAUGAUGUUACAGAUAUCCAACAUUAUACAUAUGAAAUAUUUCAGUCAACCCUCACAUUCAAAUCAAAGAUGUCUAUUGAGAGGUGUUCCGAACAUGAUCUUAAUCAAUGGAUUAGAGUUGCAAAGAGCAACAUGGAUCUUCGGAAACUCAAGAUAGCAAGAUGUCACAUGUUUCGUCCUCAAGUAUUUCUGGUAUUCUUUACAUCAGUACAAGAACUUGUACUUGAAUUUGAUGAAGAACCUGGAAACGAUAACAUCGGCGGUUGUUUCGAAAAAAACGUUAACAUCUCCGACAUGAACUCAACUCUGUAUAGGUUGACCAGAUUGGAAAAAAUAACUUUACCGUCAGAAAAAUAUAUUUACCAACUUUCCUGUCUGCAAGGUAUUCCAUACGUCAAUACACAGGAGGUAAGUUCCCAUCGUUUCAUUUUAGAAUUUGAGAAAGAUCUUAUCCAAUUCCGCAGCAUAAUAUUUAAGCUUAUUUUCUGUUUCAACUUGACAUGGUAUAUAUGA